AUGGUUUCGAUAGGGGCAUCUGCGAGGUUGCCAGUGACGAUAGCUGUGGCCAUGGCCAUGGCCGGUGUGGUAUUGGGUCACGGAGCUGGUGGCGAGGCAUCUCAGAAGCCACUGCAAGUUGAUCCAAAUGCAGAUUGGGCCACAAGACACAUGCAGAGCAGGUUCCUCCCUCCUGAAGCUGGAUCCUACGGCGAACAUCACAUCGACACCUUCGAUGCCAUGUCCUUCUUCUCGCUCCAUGAUUACGAUAACACUGGAUACUGGGACGAGCAUGAGAUCCUGAAGACUUAUGGUAUGGAGGACGAGACUGCGAAAGACGUGCCUCAAUCGAAGAAAGACGAGAUUGUCACGCAGAUCAUGAAGCUGAUGGACACGAAUGGGAACGGCAUUGUCGAAAGGUCGGAAUGGAUAGCCUUUACACAGGACGGGAAAGGCACCCUGCCGGAUUUUGGAACGGGUCCAGGUCAUCAUUGGGACAUGGAGAUUGAAUACGAAAUCCAUCACUGGGAAAAGUACCAUAAUGAGAAUACCAAGGAAGAGGACCUAAUCCACCCCGAAGACAUUGAACACUUCAGGAAACACGACGAAUUGGAGGAUGAAGCGGAGAGAGUUGCUCGGUUGGACAAGAUGCCUAUUGUGGAGCAGAAUAUUCCAGCCAAGUUCAGGAGGGAGUAG